UUAUUCAGUUGACAGCGAGUAGGAGGGCUUUAUGGGGGACAGAAAAAAAGACAACACUGGAAAAAUUAGUAUUUUCUAUCCUCAGAAAUUAAUGGCCAUGAGUUCGUAUAUGGUAAACUCUAAGUAUGUGGAUCCUAAAUUUCCUCCCUGUGAGGAAUUUAUACAGAACAGCUACCUAGCAGAGCAAGCCUCUGAUUUUUACAGCUCCCAGCAAGGCUCUGACUAUCAGGGGCUCUAUCCUCGACCUAACUAUCCUGAAGACUCCUUCAGCUGCAGCCUUGCACAGGGCUCUGCAUUGCAGCCCCGGGGUCAUGCACAGGAGCAAAGCGGUCCCCAGACCCCAUUCCCAGCAUCUGAGGAGACAUGUCCAGCCCAGAUCUCAGCCUCCAGACCCUGCAGUCAACAGCCACCGCAACAGCACCCCAAAAAUGGAAGCCUUGCUAAACAGCCAGCUAUAGUGUACCCCUGGAUGAAAAAAGUCCACGUGAAUUCAGUUAAUCCAAAUUACACCGGAGGGGAGCCGAAAAGAUCCAGGACAGCUUAUACAAGACAGCAAGUUCUAGAACUUGAGAAGGAAUUUCAUUUUAACAGGUAUCUCACAAGACGUCGAAGGAUAGAAAUAGCGCACACUCUGUGCCUAUCUGAGCGCCAAAUUAAAAUCUGGUUCCAGAACAGAAGGAUGAAAUGGAAAAAAGACCACAAACUACCAAACACUAAAGGGAAAUCUUCCUCUGCGACUUCUCAACACAUACAAACUAUUACCAAGGACCAUCACCCUGAUCUGACCUCUUUAUAGGGAAAACAAAAGACUCUAUUUUUAUUUUUAUUAUAUUUUUCUUUCCUUUUUAUUGCUCCAUUUUGACUCGUAUUAUAGACACCUAGACAGGGGGGGCUAAACCAUUGCCUGAACGAUGUAACUGUAAAAGCUCCAGGACUUUCAAGUCAUUUGUAAGGAUACAGAGAUAUUGGACUUUAAUGUUUAAAGUGGCACAAUUUUUAUUAGAAUUCAUUCACAAGACUGUAACCAUUUCAAGAAUCCAUCUCCAUGCAUCUGAAAUAGAAUGUUUUGGACACACGAAAAAAAAAAAUUCUAUUUCACCAAUGCUGUUCACACUCAAAUCUCUGGAUAUAUAAUGCCUUAUGUACAUCAGAAACAGUAUGUAUUUUUGUUUUACUGUACAGGACAUUAUUGGGUUAAAAAGGAAUCACAGAACAAGUUAGUGGUCCCUUAAAAUAUAAAUGUGGAGACCAUAUGUGGAUUCGCCUCUCUGAUUUCUUUGUUUUGUUUUUUUUCCUGUUAAUAUUAAUCAUACUAUACCAAAAUCCUUUAAUAUUAUUUUUUAUUGAAUA